UUUUAACGAGGUUGGUCGUGAAAGCCUUCGCAGGCUUCAGUGGUGCGAUUUGCUAAUCGCUCAACUUGCAACAUGUACACACCAGAUCUCGCUCGUAUUGUCACUGACAUCAGUGUCAGUGUUGACAUCAAUGAUCAGAGGCUCUAGCGUCUUCCACUUUUGCCCAGGGCCCCGUGGGGCGCUAGGUAUACCGUAUUUUCGAAGGUUUGAGGCUUCAGCCUGAGGACGACAAGGUCUGCAAGGUGCGUUUCUGAGGCUGCAAAAACAGCUGCAACACAGCCCCUAAUAGGUACAGCACUGGAGGUUCUACAGCAUUGCCAUGAGUUGGCUGUAGCCCUGCUAUAUCGAGCAAAGGGUAUUAAACACGCCAGCUGCAGCUUGAGCCUGAGGGUCAGGACACCAUGGCCUCGUCUCACCCAAAGAAGCGCGUGCUCUUUGUAUGCAGCCACAACUCAAACCGUUCCAUUGCAGCACACGCUGUCGCUAGAAAGCUCCGUCCAGACCUUGAAGUACAGAGUGCAGGCACGGCAGCAGCGGGGACUCUCAACCCUGUAAUGCUCAGCGCUCUUGAAUCCAGGGGGUACUCGACAGAAGGCCUCUACUCCAAGGGGAUUGAUGAUGAAGCUGUUCAGGGACUGAACAACAAUUGGGACACAAUAUGCACCAUGGGCUGUCUGACUAAGGGCCUUCCCUACGACCCUCCCAAGUCUACGGAGGUUUAUGAUUGGGCACUUCCUGACCCAGCGGCACAGCCGGAGUUGCUUGACAUGGUGGUGGACGAAGUCAUCGAGAACGUAAAGAACAUAAAGUGAUGGUUCUAAAAGGCCGUAGGGAGGAAUAGUCGGGUUGUUGCAUACAAGCCAACCAAUGACACGUCGGGCGCCCUGACCACUUUAACACACAAGCGAGUUGGUUGAUGUUGGUUUAUGUAGAGUUUCGGAUCGUUGUCCGGUUUGGUUCAUUUUUGAACUUGGAACCUUUUUCAGUCAAAGAAGCUAUGUCGAGUGCCCCAGAAAAUAGACAAGUGCCCUUCGACCAGGGACACAAAGAGCUCAUGUGACCUGACAAUCUGAGAAUCAAUAUAUGCAUGCUUUGUUUUAAUUGGAGAGAGGAAUUGAUUAUGUAUGCAAGUUGAGGCUUCAAAUUACCAACGUUGACU